UCUACUCUCUCUCAUUCUUCUCCUUUGAGUUGAAGCUUAUUGAGAUCAACAAACCAAAAGUUCUCUCAAAGAUAAAGUCAAAGAAAAAAAACCCAUCCUUAAGCUUGUAGUAGAUAGAUUUUUCUUUGUUUUGAAGUUCUUUUUUUGGGUGGUUGGUAAUAAUAAAUAAAUAGUAGUUUUUUUAAAAACAUCCAAGGCCAAACUCUACCUUUGGUCUUUCAAUGGAUUCCGAUUUCUGGACGUCUCGCCUUGCAGCUGCCAAACGCCAGUAUACGUUGCAGCACCAUCAGCAGAGCUCUCAUUUGGAUCGUUUGAGCAUGGAUGAUUUUGAGGUAGACGACGAGGUACGACCCGAUUUCCCAUGUCCGUACUGUUACGAGGAUUUCGAUAUUGCGUCCCUCUGUUCGCAUCUCGAAGAUGAGCAUCCCUGCGAGUCAAAGGUUACGAUUUGUCCAGUUUGCUCGGUCAAAGUUGCAAGAGACAUGCUAAGUCAUAUCAUGCUGCAACAUGGACAUUUAUUCAAGUUGCAGAGAUGUCGCAGGUUACGUAGAGUUGCAAUUCCUAACAGUCAGGCACUGUCUCUCCUGGGACGUGAUCUCCGUGAAGCACAUCUGCAAGUACUUCUAGGGGGUGGUGGAUAUAGGUCAAGCAGUGCUAAUGUAUCCAAUGCAGCUACCGAUUCAUUCCUUUCAUCACUGAUUUUGAAUUUCCCUGCAUCUGAAGCAGAAGAAAUUUCAAAAUCUGUUGUAACUAGUGCUGAAGACACUGCUGCAAAAAAUGUUGCACCAGCACAUAUGUGGAAAUCAAGUUUUGAUCCUUCUUUGAGUUAUGAAGAGCGGGAAAAAAGGAUUAGGCAAGCCACGGGAAGAGCUGGUUUCGUCCAAGAUCUGCUGUUGUCAACUUUGUUAAAUGACUAACAAAAGCAGUAAGUCAAAUGAAAAAUAAUGGAGUUAGUUAUCAAAAUCUCGGUGAGAGGCAUUUCUGGGUAGGAUUCUAAUGAUUUUAUAAUGUUUGACAACCCAAUGCAAUGCAUUCCUAGUCUGAAUGUUGAAGCAGCCCCUUGAUGGCUUCAUGAUAAGAUCCCCAUCCUUUUUAUAGGUCCUUUUCAACCAGAAUUGUGCUAUAUUCUGGAGAAAAACGAUGACCUUUUAGUUUAUGCUUAACUUUAAAUUAUGAAUUACUUCUUACCUUUAAUAGAUAAAGCUCUUUAAUACAAGUUUCAAGCAUAGAACCUUUUGUAGCA